GGAGAAAAUUGAAGAAAAUAACAUGAACUUCGACGAGGCGCUGCAAGCGAUAGACCGACAAAGAGUAUUCACGCAGGUCGACAGUGCACGGAUGAUGGUUUUGAUCGACAUCGACAGAGAAGCGUUGGACAAAGAAGUUAGAUUGUCAGAGGUUCUCGAUGGAAUUAGCGUGCUACCGUCAUUGACAGGUAUCGAGCAGCCGACGGUGCAAAGGAUGAUUGAACUUAACAGACGUCUCGAGCAGCUCGAGAUAAGUUACGACGACGUGUUCGAGGUGGUCAACGAUGAAGCUGAGCGAGCGCGUCUGGAAGCCAGAAAGUCGCUGAAAAAGAAAGAAACUACGAAACCGGCGGCGAAAGCGGUAGUUGAGAAGCCUCAAAAGACCGAAGAGAAACCAUCAACGUCGAAAGAGAAGCGGUCUUCGGUCCCGAACACACCAGACGUAAACCUGGACGGAAUCGAGACGGACGAAAGAGCAGCGCGUGGAGACCUUAAAGAAAGAAUUCAAGGGAUACUCGACUCAUACAACGAAACGUCAACGGUAAAGACCGAGACGCCUCAAGAUUCCGAGAACGUAGUCAAAAAAUCGAUACUCGAGGCGCGCGUAAAAAAUCAAGAGCGCACGCCGAUCACGACGCAGCAACAACAGCCGCGGUACGCCACGCCGAAUACUCCGGCGUCCGAUUCAGCGAGUCGAUCGCAGCGAAGCACGAGCGAGUCACGGAGGCGCGAUACGAGCACGGGUGACUCCUCGUCAAAAAAGACGGAUGUAUCGAGUAGCUCGCGUGGAUCGAGAGUAAGCGGCGUCGAGUCGAUCGAAAAGAAGCGGUCGUCAUCGAGGAGCUCGUCCAGCGAUUCGGAUUCAGAUUCGUCCGAGUCAACGCCACCAAAGAAGUCUAGAAAGUCGAAAUCGUCAAGAAAGCGAGCAGCGACGAAACGCAAGUCAACUUCAAAGAAUAAAGCGUCGCCGAAGAAGAAAAAGGUUACGUCGACAAAAAAGAAACCGGCGACAAAACGUAAACCGGCGACGACGAAACCGGCGGUAAAGCGUAAACUCCCAGUAGCGAGAGACGAGACGCCGGAAAUACCGCCUGAAGGAGUGAAGACUCGUAGCCAGACGCGAAGCGAGUUGAAAUCGGUAGAGGAAGGUGAAGUUACCCAAUCUAGUCAAGAGACGCUCGAGCUUGCGGCAGAUGCGAGUGAAUUCGAGGAGCAGCCCGAAUCAAGACCACCGUUACCGAACGUACCGGCACCCGAGCAGCCGCCGCCCCCGAGCCCAGAGCGAGUUCUCCAGGACCAGCAGCCUGGUCUAGCGCAGUUAACGCCGGGCGAACGGGCGCAGCGCGCCUUUCAAGAACGAGAGCGCGAGUUUAGACGAAACAUGGAAAUAGCGUUGCGACAUCACGACCGAGAAGCCGCUAGAGUACGUGAAGGAAGAAUGGAUCUCGGACCAAUAGAAGAUUAUUUCGAGCCUCUGGAAAAUUGCCCGCCGCCACCAGCGCCAGUAUGGCUGAUGGCCGAGUUUCGGUAAGAGCCGCGCGGUGAGAGAUACGUUCGAGGUAUGUUUUUUCCGGUCACGCGCGACACGAUUCAACAGUCGAUGCAGAGCCGAGGAAUUUUGAUCAACAAUGAGUUAACGGUACGAGAUGACUUGUAUUAUCAGAGAGACGGCGGGGCUUGGAUUCUGGGCCGAGUAUACCGUGGAGGCGCUACGUAUUACGUAAUAAACUCGUUCGUCGUCAUCGGAGAUGCUCUCGCGCAUGCGGUGGUAAGUGAGGUGAUCUACCAAAACGUAGCGGCGAGGCGAGCGUGGAGUGUGCACCCGCUCGCGGGCUCACGAAUUCCAACUACCACCAUGUGCAGAAACCUACGAAGCUUGGUCCAGCGGGCGCCGCAGCGAGUGGUGAUGUCGGCGGGGCAGUUUUGCAUGGAGUCGCAGACGUUCGAAAUUGUAACCGAGAGAAUCCUCGAACUUUGGCGCGCGAUGCAUCGGCGGGGUACGCGACACAUUUUGAUGGUGCCUCCGCUGACGUGGCCGCACUGCCCGGAAAUACGCGUCCGAAUGCGGGAUUUUCUACGGCAAGGACCGACGAGAGCAGAGUUCGAUGGUAGAUACGUAUAUAUGGAGGCAUUAGAAGAAACGAUCGAGAGAUGCCCUCCAGCGACGUUCCGUGGUGAGACGCCGUAUUUGAACGAGCACCAAGCGUCGGAGGCGUUAGUCAGGAUAUUUGAAUACGCAACGGUCGAGCGGAGAUGGGGGUACGGUCAGUUUCCGCGGGAGCAGGAUCCGCCGCGUCCGGUGGAGCAGCUCCAAGCAAACCAACUUCAACGUAUCGAGGAGAUGUUGAGGCAAGACCGUGCAGCCUUGGCGGCACAUGAACGAAGGAAUGUCCACGAGCAGCUGGAACGAGAAGUACACGAGAGAGAGCUGAUCGAAAGAGUGCAGCGACAGAUGAGACACCUUCCUGGCGCCGAUCGUCAAUUACUGCCCGAGCGAGCCGCGCAGUUGGUCAACGAGGUGAACCGACAGAUGCCUGAGCCGCCGCAGCAGCCGCAAGCUGGACCGAGUCGCCAGCAGCCGGCACAAGAAGGAAGACAGUUACAGGUGGCUAUACCACGAGCACCUGGAUUGGCCGGAUUUGGACGAGGUCGUGGCAGGCUGGCGGAGAGACGCGAGCGAGUGCGAUUGGAGGCGGAGGAAGAAAGACAAAACCCUCAGAACGAACAGAACCAGAAUGAUGGCAGAGAAGCACGCUAAAAUGCGGUGAAAAUUUUUCGAAGAGUCGCCUCUGUCUGUUUAGUUUUGUUUUCUCGAUGUGAAAUUUGUCUCACGCGCGAUUCGUUGCAGUAUUACGAGUAGUGAACGAAAGUAGUUCCAAAAAUUGUAAAUUUUUUUUUUCCCCCUGAUGUUGUAUUUUUUAUUUUUCUCGAUCGUGGUCUCAAAUUUUUUUUAUUAUUAUUGUUGUUUAUUUUCUGAUGUAAUUACGAGUAAGCUCCUCGAGGAAAAGAGAAUUUUUCGAGUAGAGCAGUUUUUUUUUGGUAUUUGUUGUUUAUACUAUUGUUUUGUUGUUUUUUGUUUCUACCAUUUGCCAAAUUAAAAGAUGAAGUUUUGUUUAUUGAAUUUUGAGGCGUGCUAAUAAGUAGAGUAUGCCGAAAUGUAAAUAAGUGUGAAUUUGUGUGUGAAUUUGUGCAGGCAAAUGAGUAGUUUAGUUUACGAAAGCAAUGUUUUUUGUGAAUUGUUUUUUGGAAUUUAAUUAAGAUCAUUGAGUAACCAAACAUACGAGGUGAAAUUAAAUCUGCUGUGAUAAAUAAAAUAAAAACUUACGUGUUGGAA